GCAAAUGCGUGGCUCUAAGGAUGUGUUUUAGUGCCCUGUGCUUCCGUGUUCUUCCCUUACCUAUUAUCUUUUCUGUUUUAAAUAAUACAUAAUUCCUAUUUGAAAAGCUGCUUUAUUUAUUUUUAGCCUAAAUUUUCAAACUUAAUACAUUUUUAAAAGCGUAACUCGAUAACAUACUUUUUACUUACAAUACUGCGGAAGUUAAAACUUUUGACAAAGUCUUCGUGUAAUGUAUAAGGAAGUUUAAGCGAUGCAAACAUUACCUUAAAUAUGCAUUACUUAGUGACUCUAGAGUAAUAUACGCAAAUGGAUGUAUUUGGGGACAGGUAGUUGAUUCAUCAGCAUAAAAAUGGAGUUAAUUGCUUCCUUUAAACUUGCUCUUUUGUUACAAUGCCUGCAAAUCGCGAGGCCUAACAUAAAUCAGUCAAACUGCACGAUUGGUCACUUGGAUGAGAAAUGUUUUACAGAAUGCGGAAAUAGAGGAUAUGCUAUGAGAUGUAAUGAUACGAGUUUGGUACAAAUUCCAGACUUUUACCCAAAGCCAAAAAAUUCGACCGAAUUCACUCCGCCUCUUUGUUUGUUGGAUCUCAGCUACAAUAAAUUUUAUUCAGUUGAAAAUAGAUCGUUUGUCAAUGUGAAAAAUUUAAACAGUACAGACGUAUUAUGGUUGUACCUACACUACAGCAAUAUCUCUUUUAUUGCUUCGAACGCCUUUGAAAAUCUGACCAACCUGCUGUACUUGAACUUGUCUGGAAAUAAUUUGAAUCAGCUUGGUAGCUUUGGGGACGGUGUUUUUAAGCCUCUAAUGAGUUUGAGAAACAUCAAUGUGAAGGAAAACAAAUUAAAAACAUUUGACGAUAUUGGAAGAGAACUGCAAUAUUUGAAAAAUCUUGAGGGCAUAUAUAUGGAGUUGUGCCCAGAUUGUGUGUUUGGAAAGAGUUUUAGUAAACUAACCAAUCUAAAAAAUCUAAGUUUAUCUGGAAGAUCGAACAAAGCUUGUAAUGCACCAUUUGUUAAUACUAUAACGUUUCAAUACGUUCCAACUGUGGAAAAUCUAUAUAUGGCAUCGUGUCAUAUACAAUCAAUAGACAAAUAUGCAUUCAGCUACCUUAAGAACAUCACGCUGUUGGAUAUAUCCUAUAAUGAGCAGCUGAUGUUUGCUGGGAUGAAUGAAGCAUUGUAUGGUUUAAGAUACUCUUCCACUUUGAAGAUAUUAAUUGUCAAAAGGAUACAUCAGCUGUACGAAUAUGGAAUACAGCUUAAAUUUACCGACAUAGAGAACCUUAAAACCUUACGUGCCUUGGAUACAUUAUGUAUGGACUUAAACAAGAUAGAAGUUCUUGAUGAGAAGAUAUUGAACCCUUACCAGUUCCCGGCUACACUUAGAAAAUUCACAUUAUCUGGAAAUCGACUUACAUAUGGAAAAUAUGUUAACUAUUUACACAAAGCGAUUGGCAUUGAAUAUCUUGAUUUGUCUAGACAACACCUGAACUACGACCCCUUUUUUCACAAGCACUAUGACAGCAGACAGAUGUCUUCAAUCAAAAGCACUGAUUUUUCAGAGAAUUGUUCAAGCCUCUGCGUUGUCUGUUUACCUCAUAGUCUUCGCAGUUUAAAAUGGAGAAAAAGUUUUAUAUAUCUUAAGAUAAUAACUCCAAUGGCUAUUUGCGGUGCAUCAGGCUUGAAAUAUUUAGACCUGUCGUUCAACUUAAUUCUCAAGUGGAAUGCGACUAUUUUUGGUGUGGAAAACGUAACACAUCUUGAUCUUUCAGAAAACAUUUGCAGCGAGGUAAAUCCUACAUUCUUUUUAACGUUUAAGUCAGUGAAGCAUUUGAAUCUUUCCGUAAAUAAUUUGGGGAGGUCUUUUGAUCCAGUACUUAAUCCAAAUGCAAGUGAAAUGUUCAAAUUUCAGAAAAAUGUGACAAAAUUGGACCUGUCUUGUAACAAAAUAAACCGUCUCCCAGAGGACAUAUUCAAGUAUUUACCGAAUCUGCAGUAUCUGAAUUUGAGUGGUAAUAUUAUCGAUAACUGGAACUUCACUUUGAAAAACAGCCGCUGUCUAAGAAGUUUAGAUUUGUCCGAAAACAAACUUUACAAUCUUCCGGAGAGUUUAACGACAUACCUUGAUUCUGUUGUAGAGGAAGAAUGUAAUAAGAAUGAAACUGUAACCAUAUCCCUUCACUCGAAUCCGAUUGAAUGCACAUGUAAAACUUUGCCAUUUCUGAAGUGGUGGCGGUAUUCAAAAGUAACAGUAUAUUCUAAAGCGAAGGAUACUUGUCGGCUUAACGGUGAAAAUUACCAAUACCUGACAGACGAGCAUCUUGAACAGAUAAUAAAUAUUCUUGAAAAUGACAAAUGUCUGGAUCGAAGUUGGGUGAGUUGGGCUAUUAGUGCCACUUGCAGUGUACUCGUGGGCGUUUUGACCAUUGUCGUUUGCUGCCUAAUUUACAAAAACCGUUGGAAACUCCGAUAUCUCUACCACAGUAGAAACCGACGUUACAGGCAUGAAGGUUUUGAGCGUUUGUUCGAUAACGAUGCCUUUGUAUCAUAUGCAAAGAACAGCGCGAGUUUCAUCAAACAUGAUAUGGUUCCUUCACUUGAGUCUCAACAUGGACUUCGCCUCUGGGUUGCAGACAGGGACUCAGUACCGGGCACGUCUGUGGCUGAGAAUAUAAGUCACGGUAUUUACAACAGCCGGAAAUCAGUUCUCUUGAUAAACAAGGAAUAUUUAAAUGAUAGCUGGUGCGAUUAUGAAAUGCACAUGGCACAUAUUGAAUCUAUUGAAACAAAGAGGAAGAUGAUUAUUAUUGUUUUAAUGGAGUUUAUACCGAUGGAUUCGUUGCCUGUCUGGCUGAUGAGACUUCUGCAAAGUGAACGAUCCCUGGAAUACCCAGAGCAUCAACAUGAUAUGAAAACUUUCUGGAUGAAUCUUGCAGAAGAAAUCCGGUGUUAGUAGACAUCCGGUUACCAGUACACUGAGGAAUUAAGAUAAACAUUUUAACAACCAAAACUGUUGCCAUUUUUAUUCCAAACAAACGUUGAUUUCUUACAACGAUAUGCAUAAAUGUUGUUGUUAUCAUUGAAUGUAUAUCUAUAGUCCUUUCCAUUGGUGAAAACAAAGUUUAAAACGAUAAAAAGUCAUACUGGUUGGCAUACGGAGCUAAAACACGUCAUCACCUCAACGCAAGAAGUGGAUACCUGCAUUGACUUAAAGAAAUCAAAUAAAUUCAAAACAAUAUUUAUUUAUUGACGGUAGAUAAAAUAACAUUAUAAACAUAAGCAAUGUAUAGCUUUUGACCGACAUAAAGAAGAACGUAUUCACUUACUGCGCUAAGGUGACGAAGUAUUGUCUUCUAUUACUAUCGUUAUAAUAAUUUGGAAACCUACACAAUUUAAACCCAAUGUAAGUUUCUAUCUUAAAAGUAACGAUGAGUUUCUAGAUUUCAAGAGAAACUGUUGCCUUAUAGAUUUGGUCAAUAUGCGGAUCUCCGUCAUGGCAAUAGUCAUAUUUCAUGCAGAUUUUACAGUCAUUUACAAUCUUUAACCAUAAUACAAAGGUGUAUAUAUCAAUGUAAUUAUGUAAAAGGAAAGUACAAGUUUUCGAUGGCGGAGGAAGACUCAAGAUGGACCAUCAUUAAUUGUUUCAAGCCCGGGCACUUAGCCACCAACGUUCCGUAAGCCAGUUGGAUGGUGCUAGAAAUAUCUGAUAAGUUACAUUACUAAUUUUAUGGCAAUAUUAAUAUUAAUGUGACAGCCACCAUUUCUUGGCUGUUUUACUAUUUCAUGAUUAUUUGUGUAAAAAUAAUUCUACAUAACUUCUUUCAUCUGAAAGUCAAAUACGUCAUAUUAGGUAUAGUAGUACUAAAAGGUAAUCAAGCAGCACUUCCAGGCUAGUUGGAUAAUGGCGGUAAGAAAGAAUCCUCCAUUUUUUCCCAGUUAAAGUGGCAUUGUCAUGUUUUAUGCAAGCCAGGUCCUGUUUUUAUUUCAGUGUGGACCUAUACCUGACAUUUUGUUAGCAUUUUCAAGGAGAUUUUUUUUUUGCUUUUAAAGAAAUGUGUAAAACAAACCUAAUUACACAUUUGUUCAAAACAGCAUUUUAGCUGUCAGUUUGGAAGAUAUUCCGCAGUGUUGACCUGUCAGACAAAAAAAUCUCUCUAAAAAGAUACAUGACCCCUACUUUUCUUGGUGUUUUUUUUUUUUUUGGUUUAUAGGUCAUUUAAGAAAAUAAGGCUAGUUAUUCCUUUUUAAAACUGGCCUGGCUACGUAUAACAGCUAUCAGAAGAUUGCUAAUUCUAUAUAGAACAUAUAGUUUUUUUUUUUACAACUGCAUACCCUAUAACAACAACAUUGGCCAAAAUUGAAAUUUUCCAGAUACAUGUGUGCUUGGGCUUUUUUGUUGAAAUUUUGGUAGAAAAUGAACUUUUCAUAGCAAUUGGCUGCAAAAAUUGUAAACAAAUUUAAAUAAACUCACAUUUUCACUAUUUUGGGUGUUUUUUCCCCCUUAAAACAAAAUGCAUAUCCAGAGUCUAAAUUUUACCCAUUCACAGCUUUCAGAGUUGAAAGUCUGUAUAGUUAACAGCUUUUAGUUAUUUGCUUGCAAAUUUGGGUACAAAAUAGAAGAACAGGGCAAAAAUAAGCUCCAACUUGGAGAAAUGGUUAAAAGUUAUGUCCCGACAACUAUUUUUGAGGAAAAAUACCACAGUGACACGUGUUACUGAAAAAUAAAUGCCAUACAACAUUGAAGAAUGAUUUUAUCAAGCUGAAACUUGGUGCUUUUCAUGCAGUAAAGCUACUGUUACUAUACAAAUAAAACUGACACUAUUAUAGAAAGUCACUUUUUUCUUAAAGGUAUAGUAGUACUAAAUAGGUAAUCAAGCAGCACUUCUGGGAUAGUCGGAUAAUGGCGUUAAGAAAGAAUCCUCCAUUUUUUCCCUGUUAAAGUGGCAUUUUAGGGGUCAGUUUGCAAGAUAUUCCAUCAGACAAAAAUUUCUCUUAGAAGAUACUUGAUCCCUACUUUCAUUGUGUUCUUUUAUGGUCUAUAGGUCAUUAAGAACAUAAGGCUAGUAAUCCUGUUUUAAAAUGGGCCGGGUUGUGUGUUACAGCUCUCAGAAGAUUGCUAAUGUUAUGUAGAACAUAUAGUAUUCAACUAAAUGAAUAAUUACACUUCAUGGAUUAUGCAAAAUGUUUGUGGAAGAUGUUUUUGAUAACAAAUGCUAGUAACACAUUUUACUUUCCUAGUUGCUAUUUCCUAUGCUUAGUACAUCCAGUUUUGAAACAUU